AUGGUAUUUUGCUUGAAGGAUCUAGAAGACAGAACAGAGCAAGAAGCUGGUAACAGAAGGAGCAUAGAGCAGGGUGAUCUGAAGGCACAUGCCAUUAUGAGCAAAAGACAGCUCUCAGUAACUGAGUUCCAGUCACUUCUUUGGGAAGAACGGAGUCUGACACAAAACUUCAUUGAUGGAAAGUCUCAACAAGCCCUGGAAGCACAUGACCAGCAGCUGAAGGCCUGUUGAGAGAAGCCUGCAGACCUAGAGGCCUUCUCACAUCAGACCAGACAAAUACAGGAGCAUGCUGAUCCUAUUCAGUUGCUGGAGGUGGAGCAUGACAGUCUUCCCCUGAUGCUGUAACUGUCUGAUGACUGACUCAUAGUAAGCUGUAACUGGAGGAGGUUGUUCUACCCUUGUGGUCCCCAGAGAUUAAAGUUAUGGCAAGGGCUAAGCACAGAAGCCUUCCUCUCCGGGAGCCAUUACUGGGAAGUGGACCUGCUCUACACUGGAGCAGGAUGGUGGGUUGGUGCAGCAUAUCAUUCCAUUGACAGGAAAGGAGACACCAAAACUUCAGUGGACUGGAACAGAGCAUCCUGGUGCUUUAAGAACUUUGAGUUUGCUUACUGGGCAUUUCACUAAGGGGACAGAAUCUUCCCCAUAGGAGAUGAUCCCAAUCACACUGGUGUUUUUCUGGAUUAUGAAGGAGGAAUCCUUUAAUUCUACAAGGUCAGUGAUGGCAUGGCUCACCUGAACACCUUCCAUUGCAGGUUCACAGAACUUGUAUACCCAGCCCUGAGGCUCUGGGAAGGAUAUGGAGUUAGAUCAGUUCAGGCUUCAAGUCCGUAUAUAGUAACAUAUUCUAUACAUAACAAUAUAUUGCAUAUUGUUAUAAUUGACAAGGUCAGAUUUGGAUAA